CACUUUAUAGGAAAAUGUCAAAACUGAAGCUGUACUAUGAUCUCAUGUCACAGCCCUCGCGGGCGCUGUACAUGUUUGUGAAAAAGAACAGAAUACCAUUUGAAGACAAGGCACUUGCAUUACGAAGAGGAGAGCACAAACAAGAGGCUUACAAGAAAAUAAAUCCUUUACAGCUUGUACCAGCUAUUGAUGAUGGUGGAUUUAUCCUGACAGAGAGUGUGGCAAUUCUCCAGUACUUGUGUAGUAAGUAUGACCUUCCAGAACACUGGUACCCAAGAAAAGACCUCAAGGCCCAGGCCAAAGUUAAUGAAUACCUCAACUGGCAGCAUGCCAACACCAGAAUGAAUUGUGCAAUGGUAUUCAGACAUCUGGUGGUAAUCCCCCGAGAAACAAAGAAACCAGUUGACUGGGAACAAGUAAACUUGAUGAAGAAGAGAGUAUCUUAUGUGGUGGAUCAUCUAGACAAAAGUUUUCUGAGAGAUAAACCCUAUCUCUGUGGUAAUGAGGUUUCUGUGGCUGAUCUACUCUGUAUUUGUGAACUGAUGCAGCUUAAUGCAGUCCACGAGGAACAACUGUAUGAAUCCAACCCCAACAUUAAGGCUUGGUCAGACCGUGUGAAGAACAGGCUUAAUCCGGAGUUUGAAGAAGCACACAAGAUUGUUUACAGAGUGAGAGAUAUGUACAAAACAGUGCUUGCUCCAUCUUUUGCCAAGUUAUAGUUCAUGGGGAUUGUGAUCCCUACCUAGAGGCUGUGAUAAAUUGUCAGAAUUUUAAUGCCUUAAUUACGAGAAUGUAUUCAAGAUAUGUCAGGAGCAGUGAAAUUAGGAUUUGAAAUCCGUACAUCAGUACAUAUUAAUGAUACAAAUUAUAGUAAUUUGAUAUUUGUUUCUUGUUCAUUAUUGUUCUUUCAUAUGACACUGUAAAGUCAGUAGCAAGGCUUUACAAUAAAUUUCAAGUUAGAAGAAA